UAACACCUCCCUCCAUUGAAUUAUACCUGACACACCCAUCACUGCCCUGACUUUGGUGCAUGGGUGGCAUCUUUUCCUGAGGCUUUGCUGUAGAUUACUAACAUGCUAUGUUUUGAGUGGUAGGCCAUUGUGUUUACCUAUGCAAUGCCAUCUAAUGCAUUUUCCUUCUGUAUCUUAAUGUAGCUUUUUUCUCUCAAUCCAUCUCUCAUUUUCUACUCGUUCUCUCCCUCAAUUCCCCUCUCUCACUCUCUCUCCCCCUCUCCCUCUUUCUCUCUUUUAUCACACUCUCCCUCCUUACCUCCCUUUCACCAUCUGUCAGAUCAAUAAGAACCUACAGACAGAGAGACAGGGAAGCUGAAGGGCGAGGCCACCGUGUCCUUUGACGAUCCCCCUUCUGCCAAAGCUGCCAUCGACUGGUUUGAUGGGAACCCCAUCGAGGUGUCCUUUGCGACCUGCAUCGCGGACUUCGGAGUAGGCCGGGGUGGAGGUGGUAGCGGCAUGAGAGACAGACAAGGAGGCGAGGCAGAGUUUGUUGGCGGAGACCGAUGGGUCGUGGCGGGUUCGGAGGUGGUAGAGGUGGUGGUGGAGGUGGUCUCUCUGGCGACAAUGUUGGCCGUGGCAAUGGAGGACAGCAGAGAGCUGGAGACUGGAAGUGUUCCAACCCGUAAAUCAGGGCUGAGGGUUUGUGGGAACCUGAACUUUUCGUGGAAGAACGAGUAUAACCAGUGCAAGUCCCCCAAACCAGAGGGGGCUGGAGGUGGCAUGUCUCCUAUGGAUGGAGGUUUCGGUGGCGACAGAGGGUGUCGUGGGGGUUUUGACUGCAGGGGAUGCUGGGGCCGAGGGGGUGACAUAGGUUGGUUCCGAGGCGGAGGCGAUCGGGGUGGUUUCGGACCAGGCAAGAUGGAUGGAAGGGGUGAACACAGACAGGACCGCAGAGACAGGCCCUACUAGAUCAAUGCCUCUCCAAGCUGGGACUAGUUCUCCAUCCUGCUCCUCCUCUCCAUACCUCCUCUCCUACUUUCCUCUAUGACCCCCCCCCCCCUCUAUACAUUUGUUGUUGCAGUCCUUUGAGUUGUUUUGGAAUCUUAAUGUUUUGUUUUCAAAUUAAAGUGUUUAUAAAAGCAAACAUUUCUUUUUAGAUUUGAGUGGAGGUUCAGGCAUCGAACAAUAUCUCAGCGCAAUGAUGAAGGAACUAUUUCAAACUUUGGGUUGUAAAAGUUGAUGCACCAGAUCUUACACCACUCAAACAUGUCUGUGGUAAUACUGACCGUCCCAUCAUAUCACCUGGGCUGGAGCUAAAACACUACAGGGAGAAGAAGCUACCACUCACGUUGAUGGUUAAUUAUCAACCUUGGUUAUGUCCCAAAUGGCACCUUUAUAGUGCACGACCACCAUAAGCCUCUGGUCAAAAGUAGUGAACUAUAAAGGGAAUAGGGAAUUUGGUACAGACCCCUUCUGUGUAUGUGGAGUAUUCUUCAGUACACAGAGACAUUCUAAGAAGCCUGAGCGUUAGAAACUCGAUGGGAACAGAGAAGUGACUGGAGCACAUUCCGUCCUUAUUGGUGACAAACAGGUACCAUUGUGAAACUUUGGAAACACACAUGCUCUUUUAUUUUUGACGAUGUUGCUGCAAUAGCUUACGCCAGAGCCUUCUAUAAAAGGGCUCUCUGGCCUACACAGGUGUGUCCACUCUUCACAGUUGAUCUUUGAAUACCUAACUUGUUUGUUAACCACAAUUGAGGAAAUGGGACAAGUUUCCCACCAACUCAAAGCUUGAAGGCAGAAAUGAGCAAACUUAUCAUAGUCAUUGUAAUCAUCUAUGACCUGAAUGACACUGAAUGGCACACAAAUCACUAAAACGGUCUUAUCCAUCUCUCCAUUGUUACAGCCUGGAUAUACUACGAUCAAGCAUGACAAUGGGAUGUAUAGUGGAAUGAGAAUUAUACGUGUGUUUUGCAAACAAGAGAAACUGUCAUAUAUCAAAACCAUUUUGGACAAGUUGUUGUGGACAAAACUAUAUCCGUGCAGUUUUAAAUUGACAUUUGGGGGGUGUUGGAAAGGCUGUGAAUAAUUUCUGAGUAAAUGUUUGUUAACACACAUUCCAUUAUGUCGAUUGUGUCAAUUGUCUGUGGCCCAACUCAGUUCCUCAUUUCCUUCAAAUGCUAGGAUGAGUUUGCACUUUCAGGCCAUAAUGAGCUGUACUAUUUUUAUCCUGUGUGUUUGUGUUUGUUUCAGUGUCCCCUGGCAUGUACAUAUGGAGGAUUAUUAGAGGCAUGGGUAGAUAAACCGGUUGGGCCAGUUCACCAAGGCUACGUAAGAUUAGCAUUCCUUCCAUUGUCACAGCUUUCAUGUGAAUAUACAGUACUGGAUGUACUUGAUUCAUUUAACCAAGUGGUUUUGAGCGUUGAUGAGAACAUUACUCUGGAAGUUGGCCAUUAUGACCUGAUGAAGCCACAGGAAGGAGAAUAGACAAAUAUACUAGCAUAAGAACAUGAAGGAGUUUGACUCCAGCAUAAAGGCCACAGGACCGCAGGGUUAAAAGAUGAAUUAUGGUUAAUAAAUCAUGUUUGGUGAAAGGCCCCCAUAUACUUUGUGUACCUUGGUCAGAGAUUGUGUACCUUGGUUGUUGGUGGUGGUGGAACUGCCUACUAUCAUUUAAAAUUGCUUCAUGGUGAUUCUUCAAAUGUUAUUGCUAGCGACUUUAUUUGCAUUUUUAUAUUACACUGAACAAAAAUAUAAAAGCAAGAUGUAAAGUGUUGGUCCCAUGUUUCAUGAGCUGAAUUAAAAUA